AUGGACGACAGAUUACCGGAGAUUCAAAACAGCCUCAGAUCCCUUACAUUGCGUAGCCAGACCAACAAUGCACAGUACACGGCACAGCAUAUCCAAGAAGAAGAACAGCACUUUACUGCGUCUCUGAGCAUGAAACGUGAUCGCGAGUUCCAAGUAACUGCUUUUGAGGGACUCUCGAGUGACCCCACGCUGGCCAGGGUAGAGCUUGACCGCCUCCGCUCUAAGCUGGCUGAAACAACCUACAGGCCGUGCGUCCUCUCGUCAAAUCCCAAGAGCCUCUUCCACAAGCGAUUUGACUAA